UGCAGGCGUUGAUUAAAGUAGUUUUAAAUCAAAUACUUACAGAAUAACUAGGUUUGGCCUGUAUUACUUUUACUUGAAUACAUCAUGGAGGAACACAGAAGUGUUGAGGAUACUCCAGCCUCUCAAAGGCUUACAAAUGAAGACUUCAGAAAGCUAUUGAUGACUCCACGGGCGACUCCGUCCGGAGGCGCUCAUCCUGUCGGUUCUGUUCGGGAGGCGAUGGCCAACUCUGGGUCAAUGCCUCCACCAUCAGAAAACAAAAGUGAGUUACGAAGAAAAAAGAAAUCUUAUUAUGCUGCCUUAAAAAAACAGGAAGACAAUAAACUUGCUGAAUUGGCUGAAAAGUAUAGAGACAGAGCUAGAGAGAGACGAGAUGGUCUAAAUGAGUUAGGCCCUGCUGAUCCUACUAGUAACACUAGCAGUGCAUACAGAGCUGUUGCACCAGAUUUAAAAUCGGGAAUGGAUGCUAAAGAAAGGAGAAGACAAUUAAUUCAGGAAUCAAAAUAUCUUGGUGGUGACAUGGAACACACUCACUUGGUCAAAGGUCUUGAUUACGCCCUUUUACAAAAGGUUCGUUCUGAAAUACAAACUCGAGAGCAAGAGCAAGAAGCGGAAAUGGAGAGACUAGUUACUGUGCCUGUUGAACCUGUUAAAGAGAAGAAAGAAGUUGUGGUGGUGGAUGAAGAAAUGCAAUUUAAAACUCCAAUGGGAAAGAAUAUUUACAACAUGAUUAUGGAACAAAAAAAUAAGAAGGUUACACGAAACGAGCUCUUUGCGCCAGGGCGUAUGGCUUACGUUGUAGAACUGGAAGAGGAAGGUGCAGCGGACAGUGACAUUCCAACCACGUUGACUCGCAGCAAAGCCGACGUCCCAGAGGCUGACGAGCGUAGCUCCGCGUCCAGCGCUAAUGAUGAUGUCCUAGACAAACUUGCACAGAUAUUCUCGUAUCUCCGGCAUGGGAGACAUAGGAAACUAAAAAAAACCAAGGAUAAAGCUAAUGAGAAAGGCCGAGCUGAUGACUCAAUAUAUGGCGAAAUUGGAGAUUACGUUGCAGCUGACAGGCGCGCGGACCGACGCGAGGAACGGCCCCGCACUGGUUACUUCGACAAGCCGAUAGAAACUGAAAAAGAUGAAGGUCCGGGCCCCGUGAUACGACGUGCGGUACCGACAGCGGAGGAAAGAGACAAACGAUCAGCCGCGCUACUCUCACGAUUGGCGGCUGAACCAGAAGGCUACGCUGAGUGCUAUCCUGGACUUCGCGAAAUGGAUGACGCAAUUGAUGAUUCUGACGAUGAGGUCGAUUACACAAAGAUGGAUGCUGGCAACAAGAAAGGCCCCAUAGGUCGAUGGGAUUUCGAUACGCAAGAGGAGUACUCGGCGUACAUGAGCAGCAAGGAGGCGUUACCAAAGGCGGCGUUCCAGUACGGCGUUAAGACUCAAGACGGCCGCAAGACAAGGAAGACGAAAGACAAGAGCGAGAAAGCUGAACUUGAUAGAGAAUGGCAGCAGAUUCAAAAUAUAAUACAGAAGCGUAAAGCACCGCAACAUACAGAUGAGCCGGGUUACAAGGCGCAGAAAUAUUAAUGUACAUUUUUACCUAAUAUGUAAUAUAAUUAAAGCUACUGUCGUAG